ACAGCCGAAUCAGAACAACGGGUUAUUCACAUCCACCCUCUUCGGAACGAACCAGGACAACCACAAAUCACACCCAACCGAAUCGAUCGACUUCGAUCACCAGGAGAGCUACUAAAUCAGCAAUUUAAACUUGUAGGCACAGCCAACCAGCAAGGCAGUAGAGUAGAUUCAACUAUCCAGGGUGAAAAUCAACCCCAGGAGAUGGAAGAUUCUUCGCAGCUGGCUAAUCUCACCGACGCAGCAUUCGGCGAAAAUAGUUUUAAUAUUUUUGGUGGUGGUUCAGAAGGGGAUUUAGUUGUAGAAGAAUUAGAUGACAGUAGUACGGUAGAGCAAGGUGGUGGGAUAAUAGAUUUAGAAGAUAUUUUCAGAAAAUGGACCGCUCUACCGCUUCCCAAGGACUCGCGUACGUUGUUGAAAACAUCAACAACCAUCGGCCAGGAGAUACGAACCGUACCAGGAGGAGAGUUUUGGUACAAAGGAAUUGAAAAUAAGCUCAACAGUUACUUUCAGUCAAAAGCUUCGUCAACACAUAUUAUUUCCAUUCAGCUUUCCAUAGAUGGGCUUCCUCUUCAUAGAGGGGGACCAAUGCAAGUUUGGCCCAUCUUAAUGAAAGUUGAACAGAUGCCCAAUGCUCCGAUUAUGAUGAUCGGAAUGUUCUGUGGGCCGGCGAAACCUGAAAGUUUGGAAGUUUUCCUGAGGCCGUUGGUAGAAGAGGGCAAACAAAUCCAUGAAAGAGGAUUGCAUAUUGGUGAGGAAGUACGGUAAUUAAAAAUUCGCGCUAUAAUUGCAGAUUCACCUGCGCGGGCUUUCAUAAAAGCAACAACCUACUUUAACGGAUACCAUGGCUGUAUGAGAUGUACCUGUGUGGGAGUAUAUGUGGCAAACAAAAUAAUUUUCGACACAGUUGGUGCUCCCCUAAGAACUGAUACAGGAUUUCGAGCGAGGGAAUGUCCUGGCCAUCAUCAAGCAUGGCGGACUCCGUUAGAAGAAUUACCGGAUUUCGACUUGGUUGAAAACGUACCUACGAGUGAUCGCCUUCAUACAUGUGAUCUAGGGGUUACUCGCCAACAUUUGUUGAAUUUAAUUGAAAAUAAGUUUCGUAUAAUUAGAUUAUCUUUUGCAGCAAAACAGUGGAUAACAAAAUUCCUAACCAAAGUGCAGCUUCCCUCUGAGAUUCAUCGUAAACUCAGAGGGUUGAAUGCAAUCCGUUUUUGGAAGGGUACAGAAUUUCGCACGUACUUGCACUACGUCAGUCCAGUGCUGAUGGAGAAAAUUUUAGCGGGGAAGCAUAUUGUCAUUUUUUGCUGUACUUUUGUGCCCUGACAAUAUUUUCUUCUUCAUUUCAUCGACGUCAUUGGGAACUUGCAGCUGGUUUUUUAAAUUCUUUUGUUAAAAAAUUUGGGGAGAUUUAUGGUCGGGAGCAUCUUUCUAGUAACGUCCAUAAUCUACAACACAUUGCACAGGAUGUUUAUCAGUACGGGCCUCUAGAUGAAUUUUCAACGUACUGCUUUGAAAAUCACCUGCAACUUAUUAAACGAUCAGUUCGAUCAGGCUUUCGGUGCGGUGUUCAAGUGGCGGCACGCGCAGAAGAACGAUCUGCUAUUGAAGUCGCAAGUACAAGCUCAAAUCGUCGCUACCCUCGCUUUACUACAAACGGCAAAGGAAUUUUUUUAUCCUCUGAUUUUGUUUUGCGCCCAUUACCCAGAGACGAAUGGUUUCUUACAAAGGGUAAUGGGAUAGUAAAAUUUUUAAAUGUUACACAAAAUGAUAAUACCUUUUCUAUUACAGGGACACAAUAUGAAUAUAACUUUAAUUUAUUUUCGUUUCUUUUCAACGAGGAUGAUCCUGAAUCAGAAUUUUCAUCAUCGGACAUUCUCAUUUACGAAAUACCCGAAGAUGUUCCGACACAAACCGUAGAAGUGGAUUUGGACUGUAUUCGAUGCAAACUUGUGGCCAUUAAACCAGCAUCUAGACCCGGAAUAACGGUAUUUCUACCUCUUUUGCACACCCUUCGAUCCGAUUGAGUGAGUUUAUCUCUCUGAGCAUGUUAUAAACUGUUGCUCAUGUUUAAUGUUAAUAUUUUCUUUA